AGAGACAAAGAAUUUUAAAGAGACAAAGAAAGAGAGAAAGGGACGGUAUUUUACAGUGGAAUACUUUUUCUACGACCACUUUUCAGGUAUUCGUAACAGUUAUCGCACAGUACACUCGCUAGAGAUAGCUUUACUAUUAACAUCUAAUAAAAAUUAACAACGUGAGAUAACUGUUAUCGCUAUUUGUAUUUCUUUUACACUCGUUAGCCACGCGGGAAAGAACGUUAGUUAGUAUAUCGUCCAUCUUGUUCGGUUUACCUCCGCUCCGUAGAUAAGGUCGACACGCGGUAUCACUCUCGCGACAAAAAUAAUACAAUUACGCUAUUAGAAUUUUAAAUAGCGCGACGGUGCGCAACGGGCAAUUUAUCGUCAAUACGGCGCGAUGUGAAAAGAACUCGCGGCACGUUUUCUGCUUGGCAAACUCUCCAGCGGUGAUAUUAGGUCAACCAUUUGUAAAAUUUGCCGUCGGUCGGGGCCCCUCGUGUGCGCGCGAGUGGCAGUUUGCGUAGGCGAUCCGAAUAGAGGACCGUGACCGCGGGAGCCCUAACUAUAUUGCGUACGCAAACCCCGUGCGGAGAGAACGUUACAAGUAUGAUUGCGUACGGCGAGUUUGUAUUUGCGCGAACCUGCACAAACGCACAUGCGCAAACGCUCCGUAAUUUCAGGUCAGUUAUCGUUUUCCCUAGUUUCAAUUUAAUUACAAUAGGAGCUGUCGUUACAAAACGGCAUAUCGUCGUUAACGUACGACAGUGCCGCGGUCUACCGCACCGUGUACGUAAGUACGCCCACACAAAUACAUACGCCCACGUAUGUACACACACACACACACACACGCACGCACGCACACACACACACACACACACACACACGAGCUGGACGAUUCGUAGAGCGCGGUUGACACCACGGUGUGGCGCACGAAUUCAGAUCACGCACGCGUCGUGCUUUUUUUUUAUGUCAUUAAAAUUCAUUCCAACCGAUAAUGAUAGUAAUGCGCGCAAAUAACGUUACGCAACGUAAUUACGGACGACAUUUAUACGCGCGGACGUGGCUCGUCAUUUUUUAAAUUGAAAUCUAUUUUAAUUAAUGAUAAUAAUGAGUGCAAAUAACAUCGCGUAAUAUUAGCGUAUUAUUGGCAAUGCGCAUAUCCACGUGCACACGAUAACGGAUAAAAACCAGAUUAUCUCGCUUGCUUUUCAUCGUUAGCGCGGUGAACGUACGCUGUUUCACGCACCGCUACGCCGUGCUCCCGCGGCCGUGUAGCACAACGUUAAAAUCAGUUAUUAUCGGUGAGUAAACGCGGCGGCAACAUUUAACGCUUAAUUAUUUUACCGCGGUGCAACGUGGCGUGUCAAUGCGAAAAUGGCCGCCUUUUUCCCCCGUGUUUCCGUUCCGCGCCGGAAUCUAAAACGCUACGACGGACGCGACGGGAAAGUUGGCCGCUAAAUUUUCAUUUCGAAUAAUUCCGUCAGCAUCGAAAUACGUCCUGCAUUUCGCCGAACACGCGCUUUUAUUUAGUCGAUCUAAAAAUGCCAGAGGUGAAUUCGACACGGCACGUACUCUAGCGGGAUAUUAUCGGUUUUUUGCGCGCGCGCUCUUUCUAAUCUCGAUUUUCUGCACUCUCGAUCGUCGCAGAAAUCAUUUUAAUCCGUGCAAUCUACGAUUGAGCUAUAUUCUGCGACGCACGCACACCCGCGCGUCUGUGGAAUUAGUAUCUUUCUCUCUCUCCUCUCUCUCUCUCUCUCUCUCUCUCUCUCUCUCUCUCUUAUAUACACAUACACUCUCUUUUUUUCGGUUUAGCUCACAGCACGCAGACUCGAACGAAUGAACGAACGCAUAUAUGCAUACCUCUACGCACACACGCACUUCAGGGUGACGUGUCACGCGGCAGAUUCACGCUCCGCGGACGUGAAGUAAUUGCAAUUAAAAUUUGUUUCGCGAAAUUGUUUACUCGCGCUCUCUCCGCACUAGACGCGCGUGCGCAGCGAAAGCUUUUAUCCCGCGCACGUUUCACCUUUACCGCAAUUUCCCGGCGAAUCGAAAGUUGCCAUUAGGAGCUCGUUCCCUCUUUUUAUUUCUCCCUCGACCGUAAUUAACGAUUCGCGACCAAUAACAACCGUCGAAUGAUGUGCUAUCGUGAUCGCGUAGAUCACCGUAGAUUGAACUGUCGAGCAUACGAUUCAUUGCUUUUGUUGUACUUUAUUGUCGAUUGCUAUUCUUUGCCCACGCGAUUUGACGCGUAAUCACAACUCUGGUGUUCUCUUCUGGCAAUUCGUUGUAAGAAAAGUGUGCCACUUGCUCGGAAAAUUUUUCUAAACAAUUAAUGCUAUCGCGGUCGAUCAUUCUUCUAUUUACAAUAUCGCAAUAAUGUUAAGAGACAUUUUGAUUUUGAAUAAUUUAUUAAUAAUAAUUAUAAUAAUUAUAAUUUAUAAUAAUUUAUUCUUUAAUAAUUCAUACCAUAAGCUAGUAGUUGAAAAAAGGACAGUUAAUCGUAAGACCGAGCUUAAUCAAUGUUAUAGAUCGUAAAUACUUUACCGAAUUUGCUCGUUAGUCCGAUUUGCAGCGGCCUCCGCGCGGUUUCUCUGAAAAUCACAUGAUCAGCAUUGGGUGUACACAUUAUUAUUGAACUUAAACAUCUGUGACGUGGACGAAUCCGAACUGCGUACCGAUUACCUGCAAUAUUUCCGGUACACCCGGCUGUUAAUAAUGCAUCUAUUAUUAAUGAACGAACUCGGGCGCGAUGUUAACGGCCUGCAGACUCGGCAAUACGUCACGGGACCCGAUAAUGCACCGCGUGGGACAGGUGACGUGUAAUUGUAAACUCGAUCAAAAAGGCCGCCGACUGCCAAUGCGAUCGGCCGCCGCAUUUGCUGUUUGCGUCAUAUACGCGUCCCCUCUAUAUCCACCCCGUCAUACCGUACGCGUCAUACGCAGAGGUCAUUCCACGAGUUUUCCAAAUGUUUAAUCAUUAAAAAAGUUGUUGACAGAAAAUCUGCCGCGUCUGGGUUUAUAUUUCGCCGAGUUCGACGUUUCAAAAUAUUACACGGAGUAGCGGCUAAAGUGCCAGCAACGGGUCAAAGUCGAAUUUUUCGUAAAUUAAUUCCUUAAAUUCUCCGUUGAGCUUGGAGGUAAGAAAAUAUUAAAUAAUCCAAUAAACAUUAAUGAAAGAGUAAAUUUUCUUUAUAAUUUCUUCAUAAAUUUUUUUUUAUUACUGUCGGAAAUUCUGAUACGACUUGGAGAUGCGGAAAAAAGGAGAAGAAAACAAUAAAAAUAGCAGUCGCGUAAACGAUAACAUUGUGUACAUCAAUAGAGAUUUUUAUUUAGAAAAUAAAUUUAUUCAGAAAAUAAAUAGAAAAUUUUUUAUAUAAAAUAACUCUGUAAAUAAAAGUGGAAAAAAAGUUAUUGACGAAUUCAAGAUAAGUUGCUGCUCAAAGAGCAUUGUUAAAUGCACAAAUCGAUACUCGCGAGACCCGCACUAGAUUCUAAAGCCAAUAUUCAUAGUAGCAAAUUAUUUAUGAUGUUCGAUUAAAAGCAUAAUUAAUCCCAGAUUACAUAUAAAUAUUUCUAGACAGACGUCCGAAUUUUAUCUAUCAGCCAAUCGAUACGUCCGAUAAUACUUAUCGUAUGACACAUGUAAUAUUAGUCUUAUUAUAAGUACGAAAGUGCGAAAAGUGCAAACAACACGAACAUAUGUGAAAAGGAUUUAAUUCUUAGUACAUGUGCGGAGAUCCAUCGUGGACAUGACUAUGUGGACUUGGAUGGUUAACAUCAUCCAAGGCUGACGAAUAUUUUAUAUUUUAUAUCUCAAAUUAAAUCAUUCAUUUGUUUUAUAUCUCAAAUUAAUUCAUUUUUUUCUAACAAUUAUUGAAUUAAUUUGUCGAGAUGGGUAAACAAAAACGACAGCGAGAAAAGCUACAUAAGAAAAAUCCCACCGUCCGUUAAGGAUUUUGAUGAAAUCGAAGAUAUAAGGGAAGAAAGAAAGACAGCUUUACUGGAUAUUUACAAUGAAGUAAGCGUAUCAAUUGUUUAUAUUCUAUAAUCGCGUCGCCUAUUCUAAUUUUUUUCUAACGACAACGUCCGAAAGCACGUUGUCGCGCAUUCUUCGUCCCCGCCGCAUUUCCCGAUUCAAGAUUUUAUUUCCUGGCCGCUCUUUGUGGCAUUCACGCCUUCGUAGGUACGACUUAAUUGGAUAAACACGUCGGUAUUAAUCAUGCCUUAAUAUUAAUUAAGAUAAUGUCGACGAGAGAGUCGGAGAUUGAAUAUUUCAAAAGAAUUCGCGAAAAUAUUCUCAUUACAUACAGCGGAAAUUGUAACUCACCGACUCGUGACGUGUAAUAUAAUAUAACGCUCGAGCAGGGGAAAGUGCGCGCGAGAGAAUACAAGUAAUGAAUAAGUAGUGCUGCGUUAUCUCUCGCGUCAAUCGUGUCGCUGAACGCGCGCGGCCGCGAACACACACGCGCGACCUUCGCAACGGUCGAGCCUACCCUUCGCUCGCUGCGCCGCGUGCUUACAGACGUUCAUUACGCUUCGCGCCGGCAAGCGUCGCGUAUAUCACGGGGCCGCGUACAUCGAUAAUUUAUCGUUUUCCCCGCGUGAUCAAAAAUAUCGUGUCGAUCCUUAUGACGUAACUCAGCACCGACUAAACCGCGUUAUUUAAUAAUACGGGUGUCUCCGAUCGAGUCGUAUCUACGCGAGUGUCAGUGUUAAGUGCCACGGCGGAGCUACCAGGAUGCCGAAACGAGAAGCCAGGACGGAGGACGCAGUAUGCCGCCACGUGCACAGUGAUACAUCAUACAUUUCCAAGGGAUUACGUUCGACACGAAUUGGAUGCAGUGACGUCAUCGGGAGUUAGCUCCACGCAUGUCAGAAGGCAACAGCGAAAUCAAUUGGCUAUGGCUUUUGUAGUGAAACCACAACUGCUGCCCUCCGAGCCGCCCCUGAUCUCCUCAUGGCAGCUACGAGUGACAGCGGGCUAGUGGACACAGAUCCAGAUCGAGUUAGCAGCAUGACAGCCAUUAACUCGGGCCCGGUCGGGGAGGUGGGCGUGAGGCUGCCUUUACAGUCAUUACAUGGAUACGGAUCUGUGUUCAUGUACUCGGCGUCGACGAGCCCCGGGGGUGGAAGUGGCCAAGGUGGCGGAGGCGGAGGUGAGGUCACCCUCCGCCUCCGCGAACCCGAGGACAUUCCUGAAGAUGUCCUCGCGCGCCUCGAGGACACCGCCACCCUCUCCAUCUCUUUUCAAAGCGAUGCAGUGCUGAGGCUAGGGGCGGCUGGCACAGGAAAUGGUAAUUUAGAGUUGUUGGAUAGUGAGAGCGGGCCGGACCUCACGCUAUCACCUCAAACCUUCACGUCAACGGCGGAGGCCUUCAUCAAUGACAAUAGCGACAGUCUCGGGGUUCCAGGGGACAACGACACCGGUAGCAGCGAGGAAUCGAGAGCCGGUGGCUGUGAUCCUGGGAAGCUGGGAGUGAAGAAACCGAGACCGAAGGCCUCCUCGCCGAACCGGCAGGGACCACAGCAGUGUCAGGUCUGCGGGAAGGUAUUCAACAACGCAUCGGCGCUCACGAAGCACAAGCUGACGCACAGCGACGAGAGGAAAUACGUGUGCGUGAUGUGCGGCAAGGCGUUCAAGCGGCAGGACCACUUGAACGGACACAUGCUGACGCAUCGAAACAAGAAGCCGUAUGAGUGCAAGGCCGAAGGAUGUGGCAAGUCUUAUUGUGACGCAAGGAGCCUGAGGAGGCACACGGAAAAUCAUCAUGCCGGCAGCAAAGUCAACGAGAGCGUUAGCCCCAGCAGUCCCACGACCGGGCCUCAUACGCCUAACACCCCCGGAAGUAAUCCUAGCACACCAAGCACGCCUGGUGCCACCACCACGACGAAUGGUCACGUGGCCUUGAAGCAGCUCCUCGCCACUGAACCCACGCCAACGCAACAGCAGAAGAGUGUUACGUCUCCGGGUGCCAGCAACGAUGGUCUCACUAAGCAGCAGCUGGAGCUCAUACAGCAGAUCAUGCAGCAAACUCAACAACAGCAGCAGCAGCAACAACAACAACAACAACAACAACAACAAUCUACCGUGCAGCAGCAGCAGCAACAGCAACCGCAACAACAACGAACCGGCGCCACGGUAGCGGUAACCUCGCAGUUGCAAAAGACACAAAAGCCGUCCGUCAAAUCCAUCGCGUCGCCCGGCACCACUAUUUCCAACAGUUCGGGAAACGGGAAUGCGGCCAACAAUGCGAGAUCGAGCCCCAAGCCGAAGGUUUGGAAUCACUCACAACAACAACAGCAACAAGCGCAACAACAGGCGCAGCAGCAACAGCAGCAGCAACAGCAACAGCAGCAACAACAGGUCGGCUCACCAGGGAGCGGAAAUGUGGGCAAGGGUAGCCCGUCUCCCGGAAACUCAUCGUCUCCUGGCACCGCCGCGACUACCAACAAAACGGAGCCGAAACCGGUGGAGUGCAAUCUGUGCCAUCGAAAAUUUAAAAACAUACCGGCUCUUAAUGGCCAUAUGAGACUCCACGGUGGUUACUUCAAAAAGGACGCGGACAACAAGAAGAGCGAAAAGAAAGAGGUCGUCGGGCCACCCCUGCAGACGGCGUCGGUCAGCGUGAGAGCGCUCAUCGAAGAAAAGAUCAUACAGAAGAGAACGACAGCAGCGGACGCGAAUGGCAAUCAGCAGCCGCGUACGAACGCUACCGUUUUCACCACGCAGACCGACGCCGUUUCGCAAAUCGCGGGCAAGACAAACUUCGCGGUACCAGCACCGCCACCCUUGGCAGCGGGUGAAAAGGUGCGUCGGCUCUCUGACGGCGAGCAUUUCCGGCAGCCCAAUGUCACUGUGGGUGGUCACGCAACUGUGCAAAAGCAAUUGCAGGAAGCGCAAAAUCAGGCUCAAGCACAAGCGCUUGCCGACUUGAUCCUGAAGGGAGCCAAGGUGGCUGUGAAGAGAACAACUUCCGAUCCAGGACAGAGAUUACAUCUAACUUAUCAGCCACCCGUGCAAUCAGCGACGACGAAUCAGCAAGCAAAUAAUCAGCCGCAAGCACAGCCCGCAGUGACGGAGAGCUUCACGAUGACAGGCUACGCCGAAGACGGCGGUUACUUCAGCCCGAGCUUACAGGAUGAAGUAUUCCAGCAGGUCACCACCGUACCCGACAGCGUGCUCUUACACGCCACGCAGUUGGACUCGAUUCAGUUUCAGACGGCCGGUUUGUUACAAGAACAAUCCACUGAACAGCUGCAGGAUAUCACGCUGGAGGAUCGGUAUUCGUCGCAACACACGGUCAAUCCGGAUCUCCAAGCACUGGUGAACUCUCCGUUGCCCGACUCCUUGGCUGAAUUCAGUACUUACGCCGCGCAAUAUACAGAAAGUCCCCAUACAUUGCCGGCAUCGCCAGCGGCGAUGCCGCUGCCAUCGCCGUUGACGCGACACGACAGUCCGAGCUUCACAUACCCCACCCCGCCGGCUAGUCAAGAGGGCCUCCUCACCGGGAGCAUACCGUUGCUGAGUCCGCAGGAGGAUCCGGAGAACGUGAGGCAGGUAUCGUCACCGCUCUCGGCGGCGUUCUAUACCAGCACAAUGUCGUCCGCCGCGGCCGUGGAGGAGGCGCUGAACGAGGUACUGCCAGGCGAAUCCGAGGCGGACGCGGAUCUAUACGGAUCCGGCUCGUCGAAUCCGCACUCGCCACUGCCAAGCCCGUUGUCGGCGACACCGGCGCCGUCGCCACUGUCCUCGCUGCCACCGUCCUCCAUACAGUCGCCGAGACCGGUCUCCUUCACUAGCGGCACGGGUUUCCCUGUGUCGCCACAUCAUGCACUCCAGAGCCAAAUGAUGCCAAAUUCAGAGGACCCGCUGCUCUCUUCCACCCCGAAGGACUUCACCACCGCCGGUCGCAGGCGAUUCGAGUUCCAAUCGUACAAACUAAUCACGAGCCAAAAUCUCGUGGAUUUUGGCCUAGGCAACGGUAACCUUGCCGGUAUCGUCGUCGACAACAAUGGCGAAUUCAAGCUGAUACAGACGUCGGGUCUGCAGAAAGCAAACGUGCUGGUGCAGACGGGCUCUCUUAGUCCAGCGUUAUCGUUCAAGAAGGAGAUUCGCUUGGCGACGCCGAAGGUCGAGCCUGUGAAUCUCGGUUUGAAUGUCCAGACCAAUCAUCAGUACAACACGGGUCAGUUCAAUCAGCAUCAGGUCAUUAACCCGGCCAAGUUCCUCGUUCAAACUACCGAAGCGCCAAAAAAUAAUAUCUUGAGACACAAGUCGAACAUCGGAAAUUUACCGAUACCUAUCGACCAGAUCAAGGAAGAGCUGUUAGAUGAAGAUGUGUUUCUCAGUCCCGGCAGUCUACCCGCCGGUAGUCCCGUUCGGCAUUGUCGGAAAAGGCCGCGUAUGGAUAGUGGUCUGUAUAUAAACAGUUCCUACUCAUAUCCGUCGAGGCUGCGGAAGGCUUGCGAUCGCCACUGGGACAGUAGUUAUACACCACCGCCGAUCUUAGACCCAUCUCGUCCUGGGCCAGGACUGUACGCAAGACUGCAUCAGUACGAGAGGGACUCAGACUUCAGCUCGGACGACUCUCAGGGCAAUGACGGUCCUCCGCCGAGGAUCAACAUCGGCACGAGAUAUCAGGCCACGAUACCACCGAUCAAGUGCGACGGAAACAGGAGAAAAAACGGACCAGAGGCCGAUCACCUGCUGUGGGAUCCUGGCAUUAACAACGUGCUCACGAGCACUGAGCUGGAGAUGUACCUGCAGUUCGCGUGUUGCGCCGCAGUGCCGGGCGGUGGUAGGAACAAGGAGUAUGCGCUUCAUUUGCUGCACAUGUGCAAAGGCAACAUUCAUGAAGCGAUGGUGAAAUUAAUGAGACCAACGCCGACGCUGCCAGUGGAACAUCCGCUUCUCAGCUACGAGUGCCACGAGUCCGACCGAUGGACGUCACACGAGAUGGACGCAUUCUACCAAGGGCUGCUUAAGUACAACAAGGACUUUUGCGCGAUCUCGCGGGACGUCGGUGCUAAGAGCGCGAAACAGUGUGUACAGUUUUACUAUCUCUGGAAGAGACUCUGUCCUGACGAGUACAAGAGGCUGCGCCUUCGUCAUGGUAAACCAAAGAUCAAGACCGAGUGCAAGGAUUCCAAGGACACCAAGGAACUUCGUGACGCCAUCGCGUCCGUCACAGAGAUGGACUUCAGUGAGGACAAGUCGAUCCUCCACCGUACCCUGCUGCAAACAAACGAGAGAGAAAAUUCGGCGACACUGACCACCAGCGAAGGAGAGCUGAGGUUAUUCGCAUACGACUGCCCAGAUAGCUUUAGCGGAAGUGUAACAGUAACGAUGGCCGGGAGCACCCAAACCGCCCAAACCGGCAAUACCGGCCACGCCACAGUCAACACCAACUCACAAACUCACACUAGUUCUGAGCAACAACUACCCGCGCCCACCCCACUUCACUACCCCUGCAAGAUUUGCGGGAAAGUUUUCAACAAAGUGAAAAGCAGAAGCGCACACAUGAAAUCGCACAGGCCAAUACCCUUGCCCGAUUCAACGGGUCAGGAAUCUAAGCGACCCGUGGCGCAACAACCAACGAAAAUGCUACAGCCGCAUCAACUACCGCAGCAACAGCAGCCGCAGCAGCCAAGCCAACAGCAACAGCAGCUGCAGCAGCAACAGCAGCCAGACAACGCCGCGUCACAAGCUCAAGACCAUCAGCAACAACUGCCCGCGAGUGUCAGCGACAACAAGAUUCAAAAUUCAGCGCAUGUAUGGCACAAUCCGACGAGGCUGAGGCCCCCAUAGGACGAGAUCCAAGUAGCUAUACUUAAGUUACCUUAACGAAGGCUGUAAUGGUACGAUAGGGUAGUAAGAUAUGGUCGCUCGAGGCAUAGGCAGGUUCUUAUACGAUGACACGCGACCAUCCGCGAAGUCGUUGCGAGUAACGCGCUGCGAGAAUAUAUCUUUUUACGUGAACGAGACCUCCGCUCACGACAUAACGGGUUGCGUGAGUAAACUUCCAAGAUAGAUAGUUCCGAAAACGCGAAUACCUCCUCUACAUGUGCGAACUUGGGCGAGAGAGCGUGACUGAUAAGUUUGCCCGGUCAGACGGACUAAUUAAACUUACGAGGUUACUCAUACGGAAUAUUCAAUCGAGCAGUUUCACGAAGAGGAAAACAUCGACCGCUGAUGGAAGCUGAAAUGCACAAAAAGAGUCGUGUAGAAUUCGUAGAGUUUAAUGGCGCAACGAAGGUCUUUAACGAUGCAAUCGUAUUUCGAGCUCUGUUCAGUAAGGAGACAGGGUACCGAUGAUCACGAACAUCUUCCGUAACGCGAGAGACGAGACACCGAUGCCGUGUCUAAAAAAGGGAAACCGCCACUGUCGAAGAGAUAAAACAUAUGCAGACAAAUUGCGUUUUGUUGCGGAUAAAAAAGUAUAAACGCGAUCAUCGGAAAAUGGCCUAGGAAAGAGAAAUCAAACACGUCUCAAUAAGUACACGUGCGGAAACGUACUUUGAGUGCUGACUCUGCAAAAUCGAUGGACAUUAGCGUGCACCUACAAUAAGCGAUGUAACGAUUAAACGCGAUUUUGGUGUACCUAUUUAUUAUGCACGUAAAAUGUUCCCAGAUUGUGCCACAAGACAUUACUGUUACCUGUUGUCCUUUCGCAAUUUUCUUUUUUUUUUUUUUUUGUAAUGUUUUAGAUUGUUUUUCUCUUCCAAUUCGUUACAGUCGGGAUCGGCUUACAGAGAGUCGUGUCCGGAAUUUUUUUGUCCAGGAUUUUCUUGUUGCAAAAAGAAAGUGCGUAUAUUACGUAUUUACAGAGUUUACGAUUGAUUGCAAUCAACGCGGCACUUUAUAUUUUUAUCUAACGAGAAACCAACCAUGUGAAUAAAAAUUACUUUCGAAAUUAAUAUAUUUUAAUUCAAUUCCGAUUAAACGAUAAGACAAGAGUCGCGAAUCGCAAAGAGAUCCCGGCGUGUGACGGACAACUUGUUGCACGUUCACUCUAGUUACAUUUAAUUUAAUAUUAUUGGUGUAUCUCUAAAAACUUGUAUGAAUAAGUGGGUCUUAUGUACGUAGAUUUGUUGAAACUCCUUAAUUUCUUUACCUCUGUUACUUCGUAGUUUAAUAGUACACAAUUGAAAUGAAUUUUAAUAUAUGCGAUAUAUGAAUAUAUAAAUAUAUACAUAAAUAUAAAUAUGUAUAAACAAGUCGGUGUAAUUGAGAGAACAUCGUAGCAUAGGCAAAUAAUUCUUUAGGAAAAACGUUGUUCAAGUUUUACUUCAGAUGCGUUUCCUGCAUCGUCCAGGUAUAUAUGUAUGUAUAUUGUCGACGACGAUAUAUUCAGUAUACAUAUAUUUAUACAUAUAUAUAUAUAUAUAUAUAUAUAUAUAUAUAUAUAUAUAUAUA